CUGUGGGGGUGCUCGGCGUGCGGGCGCGUAUCUUUCGUUCCUGGUCCGCUGUCGCAGCCGGUCUUUUUCCGGAGCCGUGACAGAGUGGGCGCACGCCCUUGUGUGUGUGUGUGUGUGGUGAACGGGACUCAGGGCAGAGGCGUUCCCCUGCUGCCUUUUUUUUUCCUUUUACCCAAAGAAGGGGCAGUUCGCAUGCUUGCCUUCCUCCUUCCCCCUUGGGAGAAGGGUUGGUGUGCGGAGUGGUUUAUCUUUUUUCUUUUAAACUUGUGAGCUUUUUUUUUUUCUUUUUUCCCCUUAGGCUCAGCGUCGCCUGGGCUGGUUUCCCCGGUCCCUGACUAACCACUUUCUGCCUCUUCUCGCCACCCCGCCCAAGGUCUCCCCUCCGCCGUCGUGCCCGGCCCGGGAGGGUGGGAAGCCUUGUCCCGCACCCUGCUCAUCCGCGUCUCCGCUGCUGUAGCCGCACCUGCCUCAAUAUGAACGGGGUCAACGACCCGCUUCUUUUUAUAAAAGAUAUUAAGCCCGGACUGAAAAACUUAAAUGUCGUCUUUAUUGUCCUGGAGAUAGGACGCGUGACCAAAACCAAAGACGGCCAUGAAGUGAGAUCGUGCAAAGUAGCAGAUAAAACGGGCAGCAUCACUAUUUCCGUAUGGGAUGAGAUUGGAGGUCUUAUACAGCCAGGGGAUAUUAUUCGGUUGACCAGAGGGUAUGCAUCCAUGUGGAAAGGAUGUUUGACACUUUAUACUGGAAGGGGUGGUGAACUUCAAAAAAUUGGAGAAUUUUGUAUGGUGUAUUCAGAAGUGCCAAAUUUCAGUGAACCCAAUCCAGAUUAUCGAGGACAGCAGAACAAAGGGGCAUACAGUGAACAGAAGAAUAAUUCCAUGAAUAGUAAUAUGGGUACAGGUACAUUUGGACCAGUGGGAAAUGGUGUUCAGACUGGCCCUGACUCAAGGGGAUAUCAGUUUUCAUAUGGUGGUAGAAGUAAUGGCCGAGGACCUAUAAAUCCACAACUACCAGGAACAGCUGAUAAUCACACAGUUAUGACCACAAUAAGUAAUGGCAGGGACCCUCGAAGAGCAUUUAAAAGAUGACCUAUGCCAAAUUACUCACAUGUAGUUUUUUAAACUACGUGCCCUACUUGAAUACUCAUUGCACUUUUAUUUAUUGUUAACUGUGAAAAGUAUGUCUUAUAUAUUGGUUUCCUUUUACAUUUUUGGUUUGUUAAGAAAAGUGAUUUGUUUUUAUAGAAAAACUGUUGAGCUGCUCAAGUUUCCUAUUAAAAUGGGAACACUCUGAAAAGUAGAGGCAUUCAUUUUUAGAGCAAAAAGAUCAUUCAGUAGCCUCUAAAAAGCCUGCACCCAUUCCGUGGGUGAGUUACUUCAGACAUCAGCUUUAUAGCCUCUAUGAGUCUGUCUUCUGUAUAAAGUUUGUAAUAUUUAAAAUAAGACUUAGUAGGAGAUGUUCUUUUAUCUUAAAUUCAGAUGUUGUCAACCAGAAAGCAGUAACCACCAACAAAACAAAACUUGGUCAAUGCUCACUACAGUUUUCAAGUGUGACUGCGGGAAUGAUUGACUUCUUCUUUGAGUGACUGCAAUUAAGAUUUUCCAAGGGCUGAAUCAUCCUAAGUUUUUUUUUUUUGGUAAAAAACAAAACCCAGAUUCUUUAUCAGAAUUAUGGAAUAGAAUGUGAUCUGUAGCAAGUAAUUUUUAGAAGAAGGCUACAUUUUAUUUUGGGAUAGAGCUCUUAACAUUUGUUACCAACUUUGUGGAUUACAUUGAAGGGAAAUUUAAAACAGAUGCUUUUAAUAUAUAUAUUUUUGAAAGUACCUUGUUAAAUAUGAAAGUAUAAUCUGAGGGAUUUGUAAAGUCAUAAUAAACAUUGAUCUAAUUAUUUUUAAAGAAAUGAUGGUAAAUAAACACAGUGAAUGUGAUUGAAAUUGAAUUCACAAAAUAUACAGCCUUGAAUCAGCAAAAUUACAGCAUCCUAGGUGCUUACAGGUACUCAGCCUGGAGUAAGAACCUUAGGUACUUUAUUUGAAAGGGUUUUUUUUUGGUGUGCGUGUGUGCAUGGUGUGUUGUCGAAGUUUAUGAACACAAUUUGCAUAGCCUUACUAGCAAAACUUAAGAAAUGGCUCUCUCAAAGAAGUCAGUACAGUUUUAUUUAGAAAUGUAAAGGUGAAAUUUGUGCAUCAUAAAUGGUACCCAGUUCCAUCUUUUGCUGCAGGGUGAAUUACUGGUAAAUUUUUCCUUUGUUAAAAUUGAGCCCUUCUUGAAUAUUAUCUCUUGAAUAAAUAUUGCAUUAAUGUUAA